AUGCCAUACAUGCACCGAAUACUGCACGAGGGAUCAACCUCCUCUAACGGCCUACAUGAGAAGAGAAAACAGCGUCGCAUCAGGACUACGUUUACCAGCGCACAACUUAAAGAACUCGAGAAAGCCUUUCAAGAAACCCAUUAUCCUGAUAUCUAUAAACGAGAAGAAUUAGCACUAAAGACUGAUCUAACAGAAGCCAGAGUUCAGGUAUGGUUUCAAAACAGGAGAGCAAAAUUUAGGAAAACAGAACGCGCCAAUGCUGCAGCAUCUUCGAACAACAAUAACAACAACAACAGCACAAGUAACAAUAACAAUACAACCACAAGCAGCAACAACAGUAGCAGCAACACCAGCAACACCAACAACACAAAUAGUAGCAACAGCCCCGCAAGUGGGACAACUACCGGAAGUACACUGACCAAUGGUACGACAGGGUCAACUGGUCAACAACAUGGGAGUGUUGGUCAAUUAUCUCAGACCAGUGGUCAAGCAAAGUCAAGUGGAGGAGCGGUGUCUCCAGUGAAGAAGAAAUCUUUGAAGGCCGAAGAUUUGUCCCCUGUAGCGCCCACUACCGUUGGAACUAUGACCAGUGUUAGUUCGUCUGCUUCAUCGGUUACCCAUUCCUCAUCAACCAACUCGUCUGUAUCAAGUCAUUCAUCUCAGCAUCCGUCAUCACACUCCCAUUCAACGUCGCAUCCACAGCUAACUGGCGGUGGAUCGUGGGCGGCAUCCAAUUCCGCCUCGGCCGCCACUCAUCCCGCUCUACAUAGCCCCUACUCCACUAUAUUCCCCUCGGCAUCAGCGCUGCAACAUGCCGCCACUGCCCCGGUGGGACACGGCCAACUGAAGACCUCGCACGCUAAAGCCACCUCACACUCGAGUCUUUUCUCGUUGAACUAUUAAUUUCAUGACGAGGUAGUUUUUUGUUUGUUUAUAUGUGCUAUUUUCUCACUUCUUUUAUACCAGAAUUCGGAUAUUGGCUAGUGUCUCGCGAUAUUAUCUGACUAUGGUGAUCUUAUUGCGCAAUUGCAUUUACUGUCUUACUAAAUGUCUGUAACAUUUAGUAUGAUAUAUUGCUUUUACUUCUUGGUGGAAUUUUAAGGACCGUGCAUAACAUAAAGAGUAUAAGUUAAUAUUGUUUUAUCUAUCAAAUCUUGAAUUAAUAUUGCUGAAGUGAUUAUUGAAGUUUUAUAUUGUUGAAGUAAAGAGGUAGCGAUGCACAAGAUAUACAAUACGCGCAAAAAUAUAACGGGAAGAUGAACAGAUAGAAUCACAUGACACCAAAAUAAUAUUCAUAAUAAUGUUUAUCUUCUUCGGAAAACGAUGAAUGCUUAACUGGGACGACAUAACAUCCGUGAAGACAUGCUUACUUUGUUGUUUUCUAACAUUAAUAUGUUUAUUUGCUUCGAGAUAAUUACACUCUAAAACCACCAAUUCAAAGAGGAUGGAGUGCACGUAAUAGCAAUUUUAUCUUUCACAGUUUAUAUUAAUUUAAAUGACUGAUAAGAUAAUCGUAUUUUUUACACAAAACUUUCGAUUCUUACAGACAGAAAUAUUAAAUGCCCGUCUGAAUUAUUUGCAUUUGAUUAGAUUGAUUUUGGAGGGUAGUUUAGUAUAUUUGCCUUAUUGCAAUGAAAUCUGUUAUCAGGUCUUUUACAAAGAAACUGAAAGUUCAUCUGACCCGGUUUCUUGCAAAGUCCCUUUCUUUAACUAUUCAUAAUUCGUACAUUAUGACACCAAAUAUGCCAAAGGAAACUCAUUAAUUUUGUGAAACUGUCUUUAUUCUGUAUAUUUCUGAACGUUUAUAGAGUUUGAUAAUACACCUUUAUGUAUAAGUAGUCUAUAAUUCUUUGUGACAUCUUUAUUGUAUUUUGCAGGGUUUAGUGCUAUAAAGCCUGAUGUUGUUAUAAAUUGUAUAUACU